CGUCUCCUCCCCUUUGAUUCGUUUCUUCCUCCAGUUAAUCACACGUCGCUCCUCCUCACUCAAUAUAUUCACUGCAUCGCAUCGUCUCAUCCUUUUCCCGAUCAAUUUAUCUCUAUUAUUCCGUGAAUUUCAUCAGAGUUGAAGGAAAAUUCGUGAAUAUUUUUGUUUUUGAAAGAUGAUUCAGCCUCUAUAUGCUCUGGUUUUCGGGGAAGUGUUUGUGAUUUUGCUUCUUCUUUUUCGGACGCCGCUGAGAAAGCCGCUUCUGCUUUUACUGGACAGAUUGAAGCAGGGUAGGGGCCCGAUAGUGUCGUCCACCGCCGCAGGGACCUUGUUUGUGAUCAUGGUGUCCAUUUUGUUUAACAUUACGAGCAUUCAGAAGCGAUCUAUGGAAAGUGCCUCCGUUAAUCCUACGGACCAGGUGCUCUUGGCCAAUCAGCUUCUCGAAGCAUCACUGUUGGGUUUUGCUCUAUUCCUGUGGUUGAUGAUCGACAGAAUCCAUUACUACAUUAAAGAGGUUCGCAUGCUGAGGAAGCAUUUGGAGGCUGUGAAGAGGAUGGAUCAGAAGUCGGAGGAAGUGAGGAGCAAGGAGAAGGGCAAGAGUAAAGCUGUGGAGGAAGAUGACUAAAAAUGAUAGGGGAACUUGAAGCUAA